CAACAGGUUAUGAGGAAGGAAGACAUCGUAGACACGGGAAAGAAGGCGAUGACAGCAGGGACAGUAACUAGAGGGUUUGGGUCGGGAAGGUGGUGGCUAGUCUCAUAAAGCAGCGAAGCUCUCAGACUCGCAGGGCCCCAGGGAGGCGGUGCUCACGACCCUUCCCUGCCCUGGGAUUUUCCUUUCGUCGACGCCAUGGCCGGGGGAACCCUCCAGGUCUCCUGGCUUCUCCCGCUCGUCCUGGCCACCUUCGUCCAGCCCAUUUGGGGCCAGGAGAAGAUGAAGACUGACUGCUACCCAGGAAUUACAAGUACCAUCUAUGAUUAUGGGGCUCUAACCAUUGAUGGUGAUGAAUAUAUCCCCUUCAAGCAAUAUGCAGGAAAAUACAUCCUCUUCGUCAAUGUUGCCACCUACUGAGGUCUGACAGCCCAGUACCUUGAACUGAAUGCACUACAAGAAGAUAUGAAGUCCUCAGGUCUUGUUAUCCUGGGCUUCCCUUGCAACCAAUUUGGAAAACAAGAACCAGGCCAAAAUUCAGAAAUCCUCUCUGCCCUCAAGUAUGUUCGCCCAGGUGGGGGUUUUGUGCCCAAUUUCCAACUCUUUGAGAAAGGGGAUGUUAAUGGAGAAAAAGAACAGAAGUUUUAUACAUUCCUGAAGAAUUCCUGCCCUCCUCCUUCUGAACUCAUAGGCACAUCCAGCCGCCUCUUCUGGGAACCCAUGAGGGUCCAUGACAUCCGCUGGAAUUUUGAGAAGUUCCUGGUGGGCCCAGAUGGUAUCCCCAUCAUGCGUUGGUACCACCGGGCCACCGUCAGCACAGUCAAGGCAGACAUCUUAGAGUAUCUGCAGAAACACAGCAGCCUAGACAUGUCUGCUUAAGAAUGGCAGAAGUAGCUGCUUUCCUCAGAGCGUAGACAAGGGACACUGUUCAGGGAAGGGAUUGCCCCAGCCCAUUGCCAUUCCCAGACCAUACUGUCUGCCUGAGACCCUGCUCCACAAAAUGCUGCUAUUUAGAGAAUGUGUGUGGGUGCAUGGGCAGGUAGGUAUCAGAAGGCCUAUGCACAUGGAUGUAUUUUUAGGAGUUGUGUGCCUAGGUGUGUAGGUGCAGACACCCACUUCUUAUCAACACUUCCAUACCCCAAGUCCUUGCUCUAAUAAAUAUUCAACAUAUUGUUCUGAAAUUAAUGUUUUUCCCAUCCCAACCCACAGAGAAAAAUCAGCUUUUAAGUCAGGCUACUGAACAUCUCAGAUCUUGUCCCCAGGAGGACCAUGGCCCUGGAGUUUACCAUGAUUCCCCAAUGGACCCCUUUGCCCUAGUUCAUCUAAAGAAAGCUCCUGGAAGCCCAGUGGCCCACAGAAAAUAAACAAGGCCUCUAUUCCCCUCAGCUUAGAACAAAUGAGUGCCUUCUCUCCCUUCCCUGAACAGCCCUUUUCUAGCUCAUCUGCCCCCACCCUAUAGAGUUCCCACUGGUGAGUGGCCUAAAGGGCUCUGCCAGGGGAAAAGACUGGUGUGAAAGAAGGAAGGGAGUAUCCUGAACAUAAGGGAUGGCAUCUCUAUGAUGGUGGGAUCCAAAGCCUCUUCAAGGCGGGUUCCAUCAGAGCCUGCAAAAGGUGUCAGGACCCUUAGUGCAUUCAGGUCUUGGCACCUAAGCAGGGAUGCUGCCCCCUAUAGGAGGACACUCACCCUCUCCUAUCACUCUAGCCCCUCCUAGUCAUACCCACUGGUGACAAAUAAAAACCUUUCUGCAGCACCUGA